AUGGCACGUCGGGCGAGGGUUGAUGUUGAUAAUACCUUCCUCAAGGCGCCCGUUACCAAGACCAACCCCACUUCUGCUCACAAUUUUGACCGCGCUGCCCGAACCACCGGUACUUGUCUCAUUACGAACAUGGUCCUGACACCAGAGGAGCGAGAGGCGUGGUUAGCGAGGCCAGCGAUGGAUCCGCCUCCCGGCAUGAUUUCGAAUUUCGAGAAUCCCUCAAGCUUUAGGUCGAAGAGCUUAGGGAUGAUUACAUCCCUGCUCAUCAUUGUCACUGUCGUGUUCGCGGUAUGGGUGUACACGAAGACCAAAGUGCAGAAGAAGCUGCAUCCAGAAGAUUAUGUCAUUGCUCUAGCAUAUGUGGAGUUUCUUGUUCUCACUGGUGACGGGUACAUGAUGUCCGAAUCAGGUCUUGGGGUGCACAUGUGGGACAUGACAGUCCGCACCCAGACCAAAUUCUUCAAGCAGUACUAUGAUGGUAUCGUCAUCUACCUUGUUAGUAUGGCGACCCUAAAAGUGGGGAUCAUACUCCAGGUCCUGCGAGCAUUCAUGCCCGCAAAUACUCGAGACUGGACAUUUUGGGUCGGGCAUGUCGUGCUUUGGAUUAACGUCACAUACUACUUUGCCAUGGUUGUGGUUGAGUUGAAGACCUGUACCCCGCGAGCAAAGGAGUGGGACCCGACAAUCCAAGGAGGCUCAUGCAUUGGUGCAUCCGAAGUUCGAUUUGUUCUUGCGAUGUUGAAUGUCGCUACCGAUCUUGUCAUUAUCGCUCUUCCCCAGCGGGUCAUCUGGAGUUUGCAUUUGCCUAUCAAGCGGAAGUUGGCACUUUCGGCACUUUUUCUGGUCGGAAUCUUGUAA